AGAGGCAAACAAAUUGCAUUGUUUAUUCCAAAGCCAAAGAUGAAUUCUUCGGAAUUUAAAGAUACAGUUUGUCGCAUUUGUUUGGAUGAAAAAAUAGCUAUAGAUUGGAAUAAUAGAUUAGCCGAACAUGGCGAUAUUACCUACAAAGAUUGUUACUACAAAUAUACACAAUUGGAAUGCCUUGAAGCUGAUCCCUUUUCAUGUAUGUUAUGCCAAAAAUGUUCAAAUGGUUUGAAAUAUAUACACAGUUUAAUUUUAAAAGCACUUGAUUCCUAUAACUUCCUGCUUGAUGUAAACAGCAUUCAUAAUGAAGUGGAUAUUUAUAGUCAUGAUGACCUUGUGUUCAUUGAGGAUAUAACAGAUAUUGCCGAAAAAAGUGUAAAUUGUAAUUCAACUGAUUUUGAAACAGUUCUAGUAGAGAAAACCGAUACAGAAUCAGUGGAUUAUUUUCAGAGUGAGAAUACUGAUGAUGAAAUAUACAAUUCUUCUACAGUAGAUGUCCAAAAAUCUGUUGACAAUGAAAACAAUGAAGAAUGUGAUAUUGAUUUAGCUUUAAAAAUAGAGUAUUCGGAAUGCGAGGAGUCACUAUCAACGCGAACAUCGUAUGCCACAACUAAAAGAAAAAAGAAGUCCUCUGUUGAUCAGGACAAAAGCAAUACAGUGAAAAAAUUAAAAAAUUCUCCGAAAAAAGGUCGUUAUAAAAAAGAAACUUCUGAACCUGAAACAUUAGAUGAGCAAAAUCUUAAAAAGAAAAAAAAAUAUGAUACUCCGAGUAUGUGUUCUAUAUGCUCUAAAAUUUUACACAACAAAUAUUCAUUACAAAAACACGAAAGAACACAUGUAAAUCGUGAACGUAAAGUUCCUUGCCCCGUCUGCGGCGUUAAGUUUUACGAUAAAAAUCAUCUCAAAUCUCAUAUGCGAAUACACAAUGAAAAUCGAAUAAAGAGAUAUCAGUGUGAAUUUUGCGAUAAAGCCUUCUUUGAGAGGGGUGCACUCAAUGUCCACAGACGCAUACAUUUGGGACAAAUGAUACCAUGCACUUUGUGUUCAAAAGAAUUUUUCCGCAAAGUCGAUUUGGAAAUACACAUGAAUUCCCAUUCAGCGGUAACGAUAAAUUCGAAUGGCAAAAAGAGGUCCAGAUACUGGGUGCGCUGCAAAUAUUGUGAUAAAAACAUUCUGAGCACUAGUUUUAAAUCUCAUACAGCCGCUCACUUGAAUGAACCUUUAAUGAAGUGUUCUAUAUGUGAUAAAGAAUUUUUCCGAAGAGAUUGCUGCACACAACAUGUAAGGCAAAUCCAUAAAAAAUCGAAUGAAGAAUAUGAUAACUUUAUUAUAACUUAUAAUAAAAAUCGUUUAUCACAUUUAUUUUUAGAGCAAACGGCAGAUUUACAGCCUGAUGAUAAAUAAUAAAAAAAUAAAAUUUUCCAUCGUUAUUAUUUA